AGCACACUUAAGACGUGCACUACAUAGUCUGCUGAAUUUUGUAAGACACGAGUCGAUACUGUCGUGAUCAGAGGACGUACCUUUGAGACAGGAAAACACGGCCCUUCACAAUGAUACCAUCAAAAACAGUCAAACUAUAGUUAGACUUACAUCUGUGAUACCCGCCAUUAUAACGACGCUAUGACACAGAGAAUGGCCAAUCUUUUAGUCUGCAUGAUUAGUUUCUUAGUGUUGCAUUUGGGAUGCUGUCAAUCAGUACAAGACACAGAAUGCUCCAAUUACCUGACAGAACCUUCUGGCGUCAUCUUCAGCCCAAACUAUCCGUUGAACUAUAGUGUACUGUUGAACUGUUUCUGGUCGAUAGAAGUUCCGGAAGAUAACUUUGUCAUUCUCAACUUUACCUCCAUCAGAACAGAAUGUGGCUACGACUAUGUCACCGUCUACGACGGCUCCGGAGCCCUGUUCCCGCAGCUGGGCUGGUUCUGUUACCAGCCGGACGGGAUCGUGGUGAGGUCAACUUCCAACACCAUGCACGUCACGUUCAGCUCGGACAGCGUGGUGACCGAUCAGGGCUUCUACGCGACCUACACAUCCAUGGUAAGCCACGCACAAUGUGUAGAAACGCUGAGUGAUCUAGAGGGCAGCCUUCAAAGUCCAUUCUAUCCAUUCAACUACACCAACAACCUACUCUGCACUUGGUUGAUUCAAGUUCCGGAUGAAUACAUUCUACAAUUAAGAUUUACUAAAAUAGAAACUGAAUGUUCACAAGAUUUCGUCUAUGUCUUUGACGGCAGUGAUUCCGCGGCACAGCUCAUGGGUCGAUACUGUGACACGCCCAGCGAAAUGGUCCUCGUGUCCACGGCUAACCUUUUGUAUGUUGUGUUCACAUCUGACACCGCCAUAACUAAGCGAGGCUUCUACGCUAAUUACACAGCAUUGGAAAAGAUCUCCAGUUGUAAUGAAGUCUUGACCAACUUGACUGGUGAGUUCACCAGUCCUUACUAUCCAAUGUACUACCCGAAUCAUGCUGAUUGCUCCUGGCUCAUUGAAGUCCCAGUUGGUUACUUUAUAUCUCUUAGCUUCCCUUACCUAGAUACAGAGUGUGGCCCAGACUUCAUCGCAGUCUAUGACGGCAGCAGUUCCAGUGAUCGUCUGCUGGGCACAUAUUGCAACGUGACCGGCGGCCAGCGGUUGACCCUCGAUUCCAGAAGCAACAGUUUCUACAUUACCUUUAUAUCGAACACGUUUGUCACAAGGAAAGGGUUCGAAGCUUACUACGAAGCGUGUGAAGAGUUUCAACUAUAGAUUGUAUCAGCCGUCAGCCAAUCAGAUAGGUUCUACAUUUCAGCGGCGGAGAAAUAAUAGAGAUACCAACAAUAAAUUUAAAUGUAUAUCUUGUUUUUUGUUUUAACCAAGUGAAUUUUAACCAGAAUAGAAAUGAUAUUGUUACAAAAGGAAAACGUUAAAUAAAACUUUAAAAAAAUCAAUAAAAAAAGAAUUAGAAUAGUGCAUGGCAA